CGAGAUGAAGACAUAGGUCCUCGCAUCUCUCCCAUCUCCAUCUUCAACCCUCGAAAACCCUAACCCUAAUCCUUCGUCGCCGUCGACGUCGUCGUCGCUGCUGCCGCCGCGAUGAUGACCGACGAUCCGUUCAUCUCCCGGCCCCAUCCUCGCGCCUUCAUCUCCACCUCCGCCAGCGCCCCCUCCUUUCCCACCUUUUCCUCCCCUUCCCACUCUCCUUCCCAAAACCCUAGCCCUAACCCUAGCUCGCGCCACUCCUCCGGCGGCCGUCUCCACCAUCAGUCCGCCGCCUCCGGCUUCACACACAACGCCCGCAUCGCCAUCGCCCUCGCUCCAUCAGCUGCAUUCCUCCUCUCCCUUGGCGGCACUCCUUCUCUUCUCGUCCUUUCCGCCGGCCUUCUCAUCUCCUACCUCCUUGACUCUCUCCGCCUCCCCACGGGUUCCUUCCUCACUCUCUGGCUCUCUCUGUCCACCUCCCUUAUCGCCCUCGUCUUCUCCUCCCCGCUUCCCCACUCCUCCGUUCCUCUCUCCAUCCUCGCCAUCCUCUUCUCCUCUCUGACAACCUUCUUCAUCGGCGUCUGGGCUUCUCUGCAGUUUAAAUGGCUUCACAUUGAGAAUCCAUCCAUCGUCCUCGCCCUCGAGCGCCUCCUCUUUGCCUGCCUUCCCAUCGCCUCCCCCGUUCUCUUCACCUGGGCCGUUGUCUCCGCCCUCGGGUUCUCCUCCGCUGCUUUCUUCUUCGCCGCCGUUUCCUGCAUCUUCUACUGGCUUUACGCCCUCCCCCGCCCGUCCUCCUUCAAGUCCAGUGACUCCCAGAUCCUCGGCCCAUUCGAGGGAUGCAUCCAUACCCUGUACCUUCUCUUCGCUCCUGUCCUUUUCCGGAUCGGAUCCCACCACUCCACCGUCUUCUCCUCCUUCUCCUCCUUCUGCGACAUCCUUCUCCUCUUCUUUGUCCCCUUCUUAUUCCAGCUCUAUGCAUCUACGAGGGGUGCGUUGUGGUGGGUCACGAGGGAUAAUUACCAGAUGCAUCGGAUUAGAGUUGUGAAUGGAGCGGUUGCGAUGGUGGUGGUUGUGAUUGCUUUGGAGGUUCGGGUGGUUUUUCAUUCGUUUGGGAGAUACUUGCAUGCCCCGCCUCCGCUGAAUUAUCUGCUUGUGACUGUCACAAUGCUCGGAGGUGCGUCUGCUGUUGGAGCUUAUGCUGUUGGUUUGAUCGAGGAUGCCUUCACUUCUGCAGCUUUCACGGCUUUGUCUGUUUUAGUUAGUGCUGCUGGUGCCAUUGUGAUUGGUUUCCCGAUUGUGUUUAUUCCUCUUCCUAUGAUAUCUGGUUUCUAUCUCGCUCGGUUCUUCACUAAGAAAAGUUUGUCAUCAUACUUCGGCUUUGUCGUGUUGGCUACCUUGAUGGUGCUAUGGUUUGUUGUGCAUAAUUACUGGGAUCUCAAUAUCUGGAUGGCUGGUAUGCCAUUGAAAUCCUUCUGCAAGUUGAUAGUUGGAAGCGUACUCUUGGCAUUGGCUAUUCCUGGUCUGGCACUUCUUCCACCCAAACUACGCUUCUUGACUGAACUUGGUCUUAUCAGUCAUACCUUGCUGCUAUGCUACAUAGAGGACCGCUUCUUCAACUAUACCACUAUAUACUAUUUUGGAUUUGAUGGUGAUGUGAUGUAUCCAAGUUACAUGGUUUUGUUGACGACCUUUUUGGGCCUGGCUCUGGUUAGGAGAUUAUCUGUGGAUCAUCGAAUUGGUCCCAAAGCUGUCUGGCUUUUGACUUGUCUAUAUUCUUCAAAGCUUGCAAUGCUGUUCUUGUCAUCAAAAUCUGUGGUUUGGGUUUCCGCGGUUCUUCUGUUGGCUAUAUCUCCUCCAUUGCUUCUUUACAAGGACAAAUUCAAAGGAGCCUCCAGAAUGAAACCUUGGCAAGGUUAUGCUCAUGCAUCUGUUGUAGCUAUCUCUGCGUGGUUAUGCAGGGAAACAAUCUUUGAAGCUCUACAGUGGUGGAAUGGAAGGCCUCCAUCAGAUGGUUUGCUACUGGGUUCCUAUAUUCUUUUGUCAGGCAUAGCUUGCAUUCCAAUAGUGGCCCUUCACUUUCCCCAUGUCCAGUCUGCAAAAAGAUUCCUUGUACUCGUGGCUGCAGCAGGUCUGCUGUUUAUUUUUAUGCAGCCUCCAGUUCCUCUAUCAUGGGCAUACCGGUCAGACUUGAUCAGAGCAGCUCAUCAGUCAUCUGAUGAUAUUUCAAUAUAUGGUUUUGUGGCUGCCAAACCUACAUGGCCUUCAUGGUUGCUCAUAGCAACUGUCUUGCUUUCAUUAGCAGCAAUCACCUCUGCCAUUCCCAUCAAGUACAUGGUUGAGUUGAGGGCUUUCUAUGCAGUUGGAGUUGGAUUGACAUUGGGCAUCUAUAUUGCUGCAGAAUAUUUCUUUCAGUCCAUUAUUCUCUACCCUUUUAUUGUUGCCACCAUUGUCUGUGCUUCUGUUUUUGCAGUCUUCACACACCUGCCUUCUGCAUCAAGUACAAGGCUUUUGCCCUGGGUAUUUGCUUUGUUAGUAGCCCUCUUCCCAGUGACAUACCUGUUGGAAGGGCAGGUAAGAGCCAAAAACAUUGGAGAAGAUGAAGAAGCAGACAGGUUCUCUACUAUGUUGGCUGUUGAAGGGGCAAGGCUAUCUCUUCUUGGACUGUAUGCCAUGCUAUUCAUGGUAAUCGCUUUAGAGAUCAAGUUUGAGCUAGCGUCACUUUUGCAUGGGAAAACCGUUGACAAAGGUGUUGCUUCCAAUCAGCCUGGUCGAAACCCUGGCUUCCCACCCAGAUUGAGAUUGACUCAGCAACGGAGGACAUCAGCACCGCCCUCCUUCUCAAUUAAGAGGUUGGCAGCAGAAGCUGCUUGGAUGCCUGCGGUGGGAAAUGUCUCUACUGUACUGUGCUUCACCAUCUGCCUGUUACUGAACAUGCAUCUCACUGGUGGCUCAAACCGUGCAAUAUUUUUCCUUGCCCCGAUUCUAUUGCUUCUCAACCAGGACUCGGAUAUUUUUGCAGGUUUUGGUGAUAGACAACGAUAUUUCCCUGUAACGCUGGCCAUCUCUGGUUACUUGGUGCUGACUGCUUUGUACAGGAUAUGGGAGGAAGCCUGGCAUGGGAAUGCAGGAUGGGGGCUUGAGAUUGGGGGACCUGGUUGGUUUUUUGCUGUAAAAAAUGUUGCUUUGCUUGUCCUCACUCUACCCAAUCACAUCCUUUUCAACCGGUUUAUGUGGGAUUUUGUGAAGCAGACAGACACCAUGCUGCUGCUGACCAUGCCUCUUAAUCUGCCGUCUAUUAUGAUGACAGAUAUUGUCACUAUCAGGGUUUUGGGGUUACUAGGCAUAAUCUAUUCCUUAGCACAAUACCUUGUGUCGAGGCAGAUAAGGAUUGCAGGCAUGAAGUAUAUAUGAAGCAGAAUUGAUAGGUUGCAGGGAUUAUGAGUUGUCUGUUCUCAAGUUUGUUUCCUUGUUGGGUUUCAGAUUAAGCAUACUGAGUUUUCACACCGAAAGAGUUUAAACAAUGACAUUAGUUACUGUAUCGCCAGGCUGUUGCCUGCAGUGAAACAUUGAGCCCAACAUUUUGUGGACUAUAAUUUAAUCAGAGUUUCAGACAAGGCCAUUGCUGUGACUCCUAAAAUUAGUGAGAAGAGUGCAUCUUUGUACAUCCAAAAUUCACAGGUGAGUUGCUUGCGGACAAUUGAAGUGUGUAAUUGCUAUGCGGUGUUAUUCUCCUUUCUCUGAGGUAGCAGCAACUACAAAUGGUUGAUUUCCCUUCCAAUAUGUCAAUCAUCUCGGUAAUAUUUUGCAUCAACUGACUUAAUAGAUUUUCAGACAGCUUGUGUUUUAAUGUCUUGAGUGCAUUUCUUAUGCAAGUUAUACAUCUCUUAACAAGUCUGACUGGUUUGGAUUC